AUGGCGAAUGACGUUCUUCCAUCACCGGCCGUUACUUCGCCUCCGGCAUCUGCCGAUGGGUCCGCUUCUCGGCUGGGUGUCAUCGGUACGAUGAGAGAAGCAAUCGAGCUACCGGCAAGGAAUCCCAAGCUCGUGAUCCAAAUAAUGCUCUUGAUCUUUUCUCCCUUCUCUUUCCUAGUCCUCCUUCAUUAUGUUCUAGCAGGGCCACUCAUGGAGAAAGUCGAGGAUGGCUACGAGCGCUCUGAGCUAGAUCCGCGUGAUAUAAGAUCAUUCGUGGGAAUUGAGUCGGUAUUCUUGUUAUCUUCCUGCAUAAUUUUUUUCCUCGGAAUGCUAUUGAUAGUGUAUGGAUCGGCGGUCAUUUAUAACAACAAAUCUAUAAGCCUCAAACAACUGGUGUCAAGGAUAAAGUCCACAUGGAAGAAGUCAUUCGUCACAUGGUUUUUUGUUUGCAUUUUGGCAAUCUUGUACUGGGCUCUAGCUUUGGUGAUAGUUCGAUGGGUUAAUCUCUACAUAUGGAGUUGGACAGCGGGAAUGCUUGCUGCAGCUUUGUAUCUGUUCCUGGCUGUUCUUUGGAGUCUUGGUUUGGUUGUUUCAGUUUUAGAAGAUGAUGUUUCAGGACCAAAGGCCUUUUUAAGAGCGGAAAAGCUGAUGAGGUGCAAAAAAAUGGAAGCUUUCAGGCUAAUGUCGAUGCUGGAGCUCAUGAGUUUUCCGAUCUAUAUUGUGUUCUAUGUCACGUCAGCUGAUGAUGAUGAUAAGCUAGGCGUUUUCGCUCAAUUUGCUUUUGGAGCUGCUGCGACAUUUCUCUUCUGCGCGGCGAAAUUUUUCUCCUUUAUGGUUCUCACAGUGUUCUACUACGAAUGUCGACAGAAUCAGGGGGAGCAAAUAGACCUGGAACUGGGUCAGGUGUACAAGGCGGUUCCUCCGGUAGCCCAAUGA